AAAAACUUCCUGAACUGAACGCGUUUCUGUAGGACAGAUCUUGACAACCCGGUGGAUCGAGUUUAGGAAGAAGUCCUCUCGUAUUCCACUUGUCUCUCUGCAGCAAGAGGACUUUCUCUGCUGCGGAUAAAGCGCAGCCUCUACUGACCACUAAUAAUCUGAGGACCGCACUUUAGACGUUUAUUCGUUUUUUUCUUUUCUAUCCUACAAAUAAAACGGAGUUGCACCUCAAGUCCGCGGCGAUGGGGGAGCAGCCGAUCUACACCACCAGGGCCCAUGUGUUCCAGAUCGAUCCAAGCACCAAGAAGAAUUGGGUUCCUGCCAGCAAGCAGGCCGUCACCGUCUCUUAUUUUUAUGACAGCACACGCAACAGCUAUCGAAUCAUCAGCGUGGAUGGAUCCAAGGUUAUUAUCAAUAGCACAAUCACACCGAACAUGACGUUUACAAAGACGUCCCAGAAGUUUGGCCAGUGGGCGGACAGCAGGGCCAACACUGUGUUUGGACUGGGAUUUGCCUCGGAGCAACAGCUGUCAAAGUUUGCAGAGAAGUUCCAGGAAGUAAAAGACGCAGCCAAGUUGGCAAAGGACAAAUCGCAAGAAAAGGGGGACACAUUAAGCAACCACUCCCAGCAGGAGUCUGGACGGGAGACCCCUUCAUCAAACCAGGCGUCGAGCAUCAACGGGACGGAUGAUGAGAAAAUCUCCUUCAGUCCAGAAGCUGCUCAGCUGAAAAGUGAAAAUGAACGUCUCAAAAGCUUCGUAGAACAAAGUAACACCACCACUAAGAAGUAUGAAACAGAGCUUCAGACUUUAAAAGAAAAUAAUGCCAGACUGGUGGAUGCACUGCAGGAGUCCUCAGCUAAUGUAGAAAGCUGGAAGAAGGAGCUUACUGCCUGUCAAGAAGAGAGUGACACACUCAGGAAAAAGAUUGCAGAACUUGAGGCCCAAUGCAAUGAGGCCAAUCAGGAAAAGCAGAAAAACGCCCAGCUGGCCGUUCGAGUGAAGGAGCUAGAGGCAGAGCUGCAGGAGAAAGAGCAGGAGUUGGAAAAUUUAAGGAGGCAGGCAGAGAUUAUCCCUCAGUUGAUGGGAGAGUGUGAGAGCAUCACUGCAAAACUGAAGACUGCAGAGUCAAAGAACAAGGAGCUGGAAGGGAAGGUGGAGGGUCUUCAGAUGGACGUCAACGACAGUCGACAGAAACAGGGAAACAUGAAGGGCGAGCUGAAGAAGUUCAUGGAUAUCCUGGAUGGAAAGCUGGAUGAGCUGCACGAGUUCAGACAGGGACUCUCUAAGCUCGGUGUCGAUAACUGAGAAAAGUGCUGCUGAGCUGAAAGGGCGAGAGGUCUGGCAUGAAGGAUUCAGUAAAAUGUCUCUUGAGGACAAAAACUAUGCGGCACCUACUCCCCCAAAGUGAUGUCCUCUUUGAAUUGAUCAUCUUUUAAUAACACAACUUUAUGGGGGGGAGGGAUUGAGUUCUUGGCAGACUUUAAAAGAAGAAAGAAGGCCAGCAAGUCUAACAAAAUGGUGACAUUUUUUGGGUGCUGGCUUUGAAACUACUCCCACUCACACUGAGUUUACUCAUCUGUUUCAGUGGGGGUAAAGCGGCUUAAAAAGCUGGUGGUGGGUUCUUAGAUUCUGUCCAUCUCUCUGUUCUAAAGGCUGCAGAACGUCUCUAUAAGCUGCAUAAGGUGGGACUUUGAAGGGCUAAAAUAAAAAGACAGCAGAAUUAAACUAAUAAUUAGUGGUAAAAAAGGUGCCCCUCCCCUUCAGAUCUGAAGUCCUCUACAGACUGUCCUUGCUGCUGCCUCUUGUGUAUCUCAGGUGUGUUAGAAGACAGUUUGUAUACAUUCAAUUAUAUGCACAUAAACAUAAUAAAUGGCCGUGACACAAAGUGCCUCCAGGUAAGUUUAAAUCUCCCUGGAAAGGAAAACAGGCCAACCAGUGACCACCCCCAUAAUGACACGAUUAUUUCUGUUAUAUAACAUCAAGAUAAGUUCUCCCAUUUAAACAAAUGGAUCAUCCUGUCCUGAGUUGUUCGCUUGAAAAAGUAUGGAAAUGAUCCUUAAAGGAGAUUUCAGCAGGAUCUUUAUUGUAGAGAUGCUUUAUAUUAUAUUUGCAUAAAGAAGGAAAACUCAGGAUCUUUCCUUCCAAAUUGACAAUAACCCAUUAUCCGCCAUGGGUGUAGUGUUAAAAGAGCGUUUGCGUGCAUUAGUGUGAACAGACCUGCACGUGUCCGAUAAGUUCUUCCUGACGUUAGGUUUUUUUUUCAUGGUGGUGGUUAUUUAAUUUGUAUUUUUCCUGAAUGAGGUUUAUGGUGCUGCUUGACAGGUGAAUCAUGUGAAAGUGUACUUCACUCAAAACAUUUGGUUGGAACAAGCCUUUUUUUUUUUGUUUCUGCUUAAAACGUCUUUGCUUUUAGUCUUGUAUGUUUAUUUUUGGUGCCUCUCUACAACUAGUAUUUCCAGACCAGGCUAAUAAUGCUUGAUCUGUUGUUCAGAUGUAGGAUAAUGUGUAAAAGUUAUACCAAACUCUGAGGAUUUAAAGGUUUUCAUAAGACUGUGUUGCAGCUGCUUUUGGGAAGUCAAUUUUGAGACCAUAUGUUUGCAAUCAAAGUAAAAUAUUUACCCAGUAAUAAUAUUACACUGGACUAUUUUUCAUGACUCUUUAGAUCUGUCCUAACUCUGAGAUAUUUAUCAAAGGGACUUUUUUUAAAGUGUUUUCCCUGUUUGUAACUCACCUGAGUCAUUAUGAUUCUUCCUGUUGAACCAAUGCCUCUUGUGCACUUUUGUGAUUCUUGUCCAAUACUGUACCUAGAGAACUGAAACUGGUAAAGUCUAGUUUAAUUACA